AUGUGUGGACCUGCUCAGUGUGCCACACAGACGAUUGGCGACGGACCGAAGGACACACACCAGGAUGCCGAUGGCGACGCCUCCAACGAGACCACGUCGGGCAUCGCGAAGAAGCUGGAGAUCUACAGGGCCCGCCUCAAGGAUCUCGAACAGCUCGCGCAGGAGCCAGGCAUGGAGUUCGCAUCGGAUGCCACGUCGAAGUUGCAGGAACAGAUCGACGGGCUGCUGGCACAAAAGGAAGCAACGCUACCAGCAUGCUGCGCGGAAGUGGCAGUGCGCCGCCGUCUCCGUGGAGCAGAGAAAUCACAGACGAAGGCUGAUGCCCAUGUGGCAAAGCUCAAGCAGCAGCUCGAGGACAUCCAGACUCAGCUGCGCACCGCAGAGAACAGGGCCGAGCAGGCUAACAAGAAGGUCGAGUCCCUCCGUGCCAAGGAGAAGGCGCUCGCCAGGCCCCCCACGUCCAAGGGCUGGGACUCGGUCUGCGCGCACCUGGAGCUCGCCAAGACGUCCCUGGGGGCCGACGGCGAGGAGCAGGAUGCGGAGGGCAUCGAGCAGUUGGAAGCGGCCCUCGCACUUGCGGCGAAGAAGAAGGCGAGCGCUGCAGAGAAGAUGGCCGUGCCGAUGGAUGAAGACGGGGACAGCCUCAGCGGCGACGGACCACGCCACAAGAGGCGCGCUUGCAUCGGCCCCGACGAGCAGAGCGAGGACGUCCUCAAGCUCAAGGCCAAAGCAAGCCCCCAGGAGAUCACGACAGCCCUUAAGCAGGCCGGUGUCAAGUGUGCAAGUACCAGGGCAGAGAAGCAGGUGUUCAUCACAGGUUACGCGAACACCUCAAACCAGUUCGAGAAGGUUUUGCUCCAGCUGCGCUACCAGGUCGAGGCCCCAGUCGUCUUCGGCCAGGAGUUACACUUGGUGCCCAAGCAAGUAGAGUUGCUGUCGGCCAGGAGGCUCAUCAAAUACGGCUGGAAGGCGGCAGUGGUGCCCAGUGCGCCUACCAAGCAAGGCAUGAGGGCGGGGGUGAUGAUCGCGGUGCCAAGCCGCAUGGGGAUUACCUACCUGCCCGAGCUGAUGAAGUGGGACGCCUCGCCCAAGGAGUCACCAGGGAGACUCUGUGUGGGCUACGUCAAGACAUGCCGCAAGCACGGCAUCGCGGUGGGCUCUGUGUACCUCUGGGUGGCAGAAGGGCCCUCGAACCGCAACCUCACAAUACUCAGCCGCUUUGGGGCGCUCAUGGCCGUGGAAGGCCAACCGCGGGUGCUCGGCGGCGACUUCAACAUGGGGCCCCACGAGCUGAUGAGCACGGGUACCAUCGCCAAGCUGAAGGGGCACCUGGUCUACGACAAGAGUGAAGGCACGUGCAGGGGAAGUGCGGGCAACUACUCGGUCAGGGGCUACUUUAUCGUCUCGGAAAGUUUGCUGGAGAAUGGGCUUCGAGCUGAUGUCAUGACGGCUUUUGCGGCCAAGCCCCAUAGGCCUAUCAUGAUGAAGAUAGGGCGCCGAUCGCCUGUGCCACAGGCCCUCCAGCUCGCACAGAAGGUACCAUGGCCAUUGACUGUGCCAACAGGGUGCCCCACCCCACCAGUGCAGUGGCCACGUCCUCUCCGUAGGGAGCAUGUCGACCACGAGACUCUGAACGCCUUCUGGCACGAUCUCAUGCACGCCUAUGAGAUGCACUGGAACAGAUAUCACUGCUUUGACGGCGAUGAGCUGCUGGCUCACAGUGGGCAUGGCGAAAAGGCUGUCUACAAGAUGCGAGAGCUAGCGCCCCCGACGGUCAGGGACAAGGGAGCCCCGGCAGGCGGCCAGGAGACGAGCCGCAUCAAGUCCAUCAAUGAGGCGAUGACCCAGCAGUGGGCCCUCGUACAACUCCACCAGUAUGGAGAGGAGCUGAAGACCCCGUGGCCCCACGUCCUCGAGACCAUCCUUGAAUGCAUGAAAGAGCAGCAGGCGGACGAGGCGAGGCAGAGCGAGCUCAAGGAAGCCGCCAAGUCCUGGCGGGCAUGGGUUCGCAACCACAGCGAGAAGUCCGCGGGGGCCCUGCGCAAGUGGGCCAAGCCGAAGGUCCCGUGGGAGCCCUUGAUACCACAGAAUACGAGGGAGGCGAAACCCAGACUCGGUGAGCCUCCACAGACGGCCCCAGCGGGUGAGACGUCACAGCACGUCGCCAUGAUGGACCCGCAGACAGCCGCCAACACAAAGUUGCAGGAGUGGGAGAGCAUAUGGCGUUACCAGGUGGACUGGGCUGCGCCAUGGUUCGAGCCGCCUGCGGUAGACGAGUCCAUGCUGCCGCCUAUCCUCGGCCACCAC